AUGAAUAUUCCAGGGAAGGUCAAACUUUUUAUGUGGAGAGCUACAAAGGAGUUAUUAGCAACUAGAGAUAACCUGUCUCUAAGGAAAAUAACAGAAAGUUCAAAAUGCCCAAUUUGCAAAAAUGAUGAUGAAUCAGUGAUGCAUGCAAUUUGGUUCUGUCCAGCAGCAGCAGAUAUUUGGUCGGAAUCAAACAUUGUCAUACAGAAGUGGAGAUCAAAUGAAACUGAGUUACUAGAAUUAUGGGACAGAUUGGUGGAGAAGGUAAGCAAAGAUGUCUUAGAGGAGAUAGCCAUGGUUAUGAGGAACAUCUGGUUAAGAAGAAAUGAAUUCAUCUUGGAGGGAGUUUUUAAAGGCUCAAGCCAAGUGAUAAAAGCAGCUAGAGAUGAAUUAAGAGUGUUCCAACUGCUUCAACAAAAUGCAAGACUUACCCCAGCUCCAAGAGUAGAAAGAGAGGCUGUCUUGUGGAGCAGACCAAGAGAGUCCUUUGUUAAAGCAAAUUGGGGUGCAACAGUGUCCAUAAAAGAUAGAAAGGUGGAGCUCGGGGUGGUUAUUAGAGAUGAGGAAGGGUAG